UGGGCGAUGUUUAACAAAUCCUAAAAAACCAUUUACCAAACAUGGCCUUAGUCUUCCCCUCUCACCUUGAGUGUUCAUUCCCUUAGCCCCAUUUCCCAAUUCCUGGACCAUCAUCCAUCACCAUUCACCUUCACUUUCAGGCAAUCAACUCGGGUCAAAUACACCACAACACCCCAUUUCUACAUUUUCUCUCUCCUCUGUUCAUCCAAAAUCGAUGAUAGAUCCAACCCCACUUCUCUAAAUCACAUUCAAACCCCAAAUCACCUCAAUUCAACAACAAUGGAGGAAUACCCAGAAGAGCUACGAACACCCCCAGUACCAUUGAUAACCUUGGUGGGUUGCUCGGAGCUUCACCCCACAAUUUCCGCCCACCUCAACGCCGAGAAACCGCCGAUCAAUACCCUAGCAUUGCCGGAUUUCGACAAGAUCUCCGUCUUCGCAAAACCCAUCGAUUCCGCCGAUUCUUCUUCGUCGCCGCCUGCCGGCAUUCUUAAGCGAGAUUGGUUGCUUAAGCAUCGUACUAAGAUCCCUUCUGUUGCUGUCGCUUUAUUCUCUUCUGAUCAUGUCUCUGGUGACCCUUCUCAGUGGCUUCAGCUCUCUACUCUUCUUGAUCAUCUCAAAACAGUUAUUCGUACAAGGAAUACCAAACUGGUUGUGGUGGUGGUGCAAACAUCUCCUGAAGAUGAUAUGAAUGAAGAUCGUAUGGCUGCCUUGCGCAAACGCGUGGAAUUGGAUUCCAAGUACGUUGUCAACUUUUCUAUGAGAGAUUCAUCUGAAGUGAAGCAGUCCCUUAACAGGCUAGGAAGCGUGUUGGCCGACUUAAUACACAUAUAUUACCGGGAGGAAGGAAGACGUGUAAAAACACGGGUUGAAAAGAGAAAUUUCAACUCUGCAGAAGUGCAUAUCCGCUGUUGCGUCAAGGUUGCUGUAUAUGCAGAGUUUCGUAGAGAUUGGGUCGAAGCACUAAAGUUUUAUGAGGACGCAUAUCAUGCAUUGAGAGAGAUGGUUGGGACAUCUACCAGGCUGCCUGCAAUACAACGCUUAAUAGAGAUAAAAACACUUGCAGAACAACUGCAUUUCAAGAUAUCAACUUUGUUACUGCAUGGUGGUAAAAUUGUAGAAGCAAUUUUAUGGUUCCGUCAGCACUGUACCUCUUACAAGAAGCUUGUUGGAACAGCAGAAGCUACUUUUCUUCACUGGGAAUGGCUAAGUAGACAGUUUUUGGUCUUUGCCGAGCUACUAGAAACUAGUUCCAAAAACCUUCCAGCCCUUCCUGCCCAAGUUUCGGGCGUCAAAGACAAGGCUCUGACUGAGUGGGAACUUCAACCAGCUUAUUACUAUCAGCUGGCAUCUCGUUACUUGAUAGAGAAGAGAUCUUGCUUGGAACUUGCUCUUUCAAUGUGGGAGAUUUUUGGCGAAAGUAAUAAUCCUGCUGAAUCAGUUAUACCUUCUGCUUAUGUUGGGCAGUUUGCACGAUUACUAGAGCAAGGUCAUGAGGAAGUGGCUUUGCAACCUCUGACAGAUGAGGAGUUCAUUCGCUAUUCUAUCGCAGAAGGAAAGAGAUUCCAGGAUUCUUUUGAAAUCAUUGCUCUUUUGAAAAAGUCCUAUGAAGUUUACGCUGGCUUAAAAUUUCCAAGGAUGGCAUCAUAUUGUAGUUUUCACAUUGCUAAAGAAUAUUUUUCUCUCGGUGAGAUAAAAAAUGCAAAACAAUAUUUUGAUUCUGCUGUAAAAUUAUAUAGGCAUGAAAGUUGGACAACGCUGCUUUGGGAAAUUUUGGGUUAUUUACGUGAGUGUGCUAGUCAAGAUGGUUCUUUAAAAGAGUUUCUAGAGUAUUCACUUGAGAUGGCUGCAUUGCCGAUUACAUCUGGAGGUUCUACCUAUAAAGAUUGUGGCCCAGCUGGUCCUCCAAGUUUCCAACAGAGGGAAAUCAUUCACAAGGAGAUUUUGGGCCUUGUUACUGGAGAAUCAGAAUUUGCAUUGAAAGGUGCUGAUCAGAAUCUUAGGGUAACUAAAGAUUCUCCUCUUCACAUUGAAAUUGAUCUUGUCAGCCCCUUAAGAGUUGUUCUACUUGCUUCGGUUGCAUUUCAUGAACAAUUAGUCAAGCCAGGCAUGCCUACACAAUUUACGCUGUCUCUCCUAUCGCAACUGCCUCUCCCUUUUGAGAUUGAUUCAAUAGAUGUCCAAUUCAAUCAGUCAGAAUGUAAUUUUGUCAUCCAGAACUCUCAAAAAACUUCAUCACCCACUAAUUUUACCAAUCAAGCAGGUUAUCGAGUAGAGACUGCUCCAGCUUUGGCACUCUCUACAAAUAAAUGGCUAAGGUUGACUUAUGAUGUUAAAUCUGAUCGAAGUGGAAAGCUUGAUUGCAUAUCAAUAAUUGUAAGAAUUGGAUCCCACUUCACAAUCUGUUGUAGGGCUGAAAGUCCUGCCUCCAUGGAUGAUCUACCACUUUGGAAGUUCGAGGAGCGUUUAGAGAGUUUCCCAACCAAGGAUCCUGCUCAGGCAUUUUCUGGUCAAAAGGCGAUUCAAGUUGAAGAACCUGAUGCUCAAGUUGAUCUGAGUGUGGAUGCUGAUGGUCCUGCAUUGAUAGGUGAAAACUUCAUAGUUCCAGUUACUAUAUCCUCAAAGGGCCAUUCUGUUUACUCUGGUGAAUUGAAAAUAAACCUAGUAGACACCAGAGGGGGUGGACUGGUGAGUCCAAGAGAAUUUGAGCCACAUUCAACUGAAAGUCAUCAUGUUGAGCUCCUUGGAGUUUCUGGACCAGGUGAUGAAAAUUCUCUUACAACCUCUGACAACAUCAGAAAUAUUCAGCACUCAUUUGGAUUGAUAUCCGUUCCAUUUCUAAACGGCGGAGAAUCUUGGUCCUGUAAAUUAGAAAUAAAAUGGCACAGACCAAAGCCGAUUAUGUUGUAUGUUUCCUUAAGCUAUUCUUCUCAGGGUCAUGAUGUUAAUAUGCAAAAAAUUCAUGUUCAUAAGAGCUUGCAGAUUGAAGGGCAGACUCCUGUUUUGAUUAGCCAUCAUAUGAUGCUGCCAUUUCGGCGUGAUGCACUACUGCUUUCUAGAGUUAAGCCCCCUGCUGAUGCUGAGAAGAUGCCAUGUUUGCCACUGAAUGAAACAAGUAUACUUGUUCUCAGUGCUAAAAAUUGCACUGAGGUGCCAUUAAGGGUAUUGUCAAUGACUAUUGAAAAAGAUUAUAAUUCCUUGGAAAACUUUUGUACUGUACAUCCAGCCAGUAACCAACACACAGAUGCUGCACCACUCAAUAUUGUUGUGCCAGGUGAGGAAUAUAAGAAAGUCUUUUCUGUCAUCCCUGUGGCUAAUACCCCGAGGACGAGAAUUGGUACAGUGUGCCUCAAAUGGAUGAGAGAUACAGGGUCACUAAGCCAAGGAGUUUCUGGGGUUUUGACCAAACACAAACUUCCUGAUGCGAAUAUAGAGCCAUCUCCACUGAUAGUGAGCUUGAAAUGUCCACCUCAUGGUGUCCUUGGAGAUCCCUUCACCUACUUCAUCAUAGUUCAGAACCAGACAGAGUUACUUCAGGAGAUAAAGUAUUCAUUACUGGAUUCACAAAGCUUUGUUUCAUCUGGGUCUCACAAUGAUACAAUCUUUGUCUUGCCUAAGUCGGAGCAUAUUUUAAGUUACAAGCUUGUUCCGCUGGCCUCUGGUGCGCAACAGCUGCCCAGAGUUACUGUGACUUCCUCAAGAUACUCAGCUACAUUCCAACCUUCAGUCGCCGCCUCUACUAUUUUUGUGUUCCCUGUAAAGCCUCAGUUUGAGAUGAAAACUAUGGAAUAUAGUGCUGAACCUAUGAUGCUUGCCGCUGAAUAGAUUUAGUGUCAUCAUAUAAGUUGUACUUUUUACUUGGGAUCCAUCAUUGCACAUUUAGUACACCAUUUUUUCUGUGAAGAGGCAUGGGGAUGAUACCUUUUGACAUGAUGGGUCUUUGAGGUCGAAUAAUCUGAAGAUGGCUGUUGGCCUGUUGUAAGAAUCAUUUCAGUCUACAAAUCAACACUCUGAAGAUAGAUUCUAAUGUGCCACUCUGGCCUUGUUCUUCGUGUCACUUCGUUAUGGUGUUGCUAUUCUUGCUAAUGAGUGUUUGAAAGUUGGUAUUUCCGUGGGUGACUUGUGAAAAUAGUACUAGAAGAAAUCAUCAUUCCAGAAAGGUGCAGAACGGACCUUCAUUCUUUGAAACUGACAGUAUAUGCUGAACUUUUUGGAAGACUUGGUAAGACUUCAUGCUGUUAUGAUGCUGGAUUCAUGAAUUGAAUUGCCAAGAGGUUGUUUUUUAAGUAUCUGCACUAAUACAUUACAGCAUUACGCACAGUUUAGCAUGCCUCAAUUACCUUAGAUACUGUGAAGUAGCCAAAAGUGAUGCCAAUUGGCACUGGUACUGGCACUGGCACUGGCACAUUGAGAAUCAUUGCUUGCACAUCUCAGAACUGAAAAGUGCUUCUUGAACUUGGAUUGUACUUGGUUACUUUUCAGCAGUGAAUUUUUGUAUCAUCUGCUUAUACACAUUAUCACCAAGGAAAUGACCGAGAACUGGGGCAUUUAGUCGCUUGCUCUUGUGUCUGAGUUCGAUUUACUGGUGGUGUCUUGUUAUAAUUUAAUGUUCUUUACUGAUAAUUACACUUCUUUGUAUAGAAUGAUUUUUGAAUUGUAGGAUAUUAGGGGUCCCCCGUGCUACGGGAUAAUCAAAAUUUUCAUUUCUCGUAGGCAAAUGGCAAACAUACCAUCUUUGUUAUCAUAUUUUCAAUUUAUUCGAUUUAUUAAACCUAAUUUUAACUUAA